CGCUACUUGCAGAGACCCUAUGCAUUUUUAGCAUAGUAACAUCUCAUCGCAGUUGCCGAAAUUCGAAAUCGGGACUUAACCCUUGUGACACUCCCUCGCUAUCUGUUGAGCUACGCCCACCCCACCCGUAUCUUAAUUGGAUUUCAAAGCUUAGAGUCAAGAACAUACAAAGGACAGGGAUGUGUUUAGGCUAAAAGCCCAAAAUAAAAACUCCUUAGCAUUCGUAUUCAAACGCGUGUCUGGGUCAGAGACUUCGCUGUGUGGUCAGUGACUAUUAAACAUUCACCUGCAUAUAUAACCCUGUCCGAUUUACGCCUACUGAUUCUCCUUUCUAACACUUUUGGCAACCAGUUAGCCCGAAUCUAGGGAGAGAAAGCUAGGCGGCCAGCCGUAAUCUCCAUAGUCAAAUCUCGUUUCAACUCCUUCUCAGAAAAUGGCUGACGGUGAGGAUAUCCAGCCACUUGUAUGUGACAAUGGAACUGGAAUGGUGAAGGCUGGAUUUGCCGGUGAUGAUGCUCCAAGAGCAGUAUUUCCUAGUAUUGUUGGUCGCCCUCGACAUACAGGUGUCAUGGUUGGGAUGGGACAGAAGGAUGCCUAUGUGGGCGAUGAGGCUCAGUCUAAGAGGGGUAUCUUGACCUUGAAAUACCCAAUUGAGCAUGGCAUUGUCAGUAACUGGGAUGAUAUGGAAAAAAUUUGGCACCACACUUUCUACAAUGAAUUACGUGUCGCUCCUGAGGAGCACCCUGUCCUUCUCACAGAAGCACCCCUCAACCCUAAAGCAAAUAGAGAGAAGAUGACUCAAAUAAUGUUUGAGACCUUCAAUGUUCCUGCAAUGUAUGUUGCUAUUCAGGCUGUGCUCUCCUUGUAUGCAAGCGGUCGCACAACUGGUAUUGUUCUGGAUUCUGGUGAUGGUGUGAGCCAUACUGUACCAAUAUAUGAAGGUUAUGCUCUUCCUCAUGCCAUCCUCCGUCUGGACCUUGCUGGACGUGACCUCACCGACCACCUCAUGAAGAUACUCACUGAGAGAGGUUACAUGUUCACUACUACUGCCGAGAGAGAAAUUGUUCGUGACAUGAAGGAAAAACUUGCUUACGUGGCACUCGAUUACGAGCAGGAGCUUGAAACUGCAAAGAGCAGUUCUUCUGUUGAGAAGAACUAUGAGUUGCCUGAUGGACAGGUCAUCACCAUUGGGGGAGAAAGGUUCCGUUGCCCAGAAGUCCUUUUCCAGCCAUCUAUCAUUGGGAUGGAAGCUGCUGGUAUUCAUGAGACCACAUACAACUCGAUCAUGAAGUGUGAUGUGGAUAUCAGGAAGGAUCUGUAUGGUAAUAUUGUUCUCAGUGGUGGGUCUACAAUGUUCCCUGGCAUUGCUGAUCGUAUGAGCAAGGAAAUCACUGCUUUGGCUCCCAGCAGUAUGAAGAUUAAGGUGGUUGCACCGCCUGAAAGAAAAUACAGUGUUUGGAUUGGUGGAUCCAUCCUUGCGUCCCUCAGCACUUUCCAGCAGAUGUGGAUUUCUAAAGGGGAGUAUGAGGAGUCUGGCCCAUCAAUUGUCCACCGGAAGUGCUUCUAAGAUGCUUCUACUGUUACUAUUACUACUACGUAGAGGGUGAGUUUCUGGUUUUUGUAAUACUUCUUCCCUGCUUUUAUGUGACAUGUCAAUGUCUGUUGCAUAUGUAUUUUUAUCGAAAAUAUGGCAUCUUUGUUUCUCAUAUUACAGGGGACUGCGACAAUGGUUUGCCUUUUCUGCCUUAGACGUGUCAUUACUAGCAAGUGUUUGUAGUUGGUGAGCGUUUGAUUGUGAUGUGUUUUUUCUUUUUCUUUCCAAUUUCUUAUUAUAUGGCUCUUUAAUCAGCAGGUGGACUUGUGUUAAUAGUUUAUUGCAAGGCAAAUUUUAUGAUACUCUGUUUUGGAAAAGUAUUGUGAUGGUCAGGUUGGAAGGUUCUGUGUUUUUUAUCCGUGUGGAUGGAUGCAUGUAUAAUUUGUGUUUUUUCCGUUUUUGAAGAAUCGGCUUAGAAUUAUCUUUUUAAUAAUUUUUCCAUAUUUAAUUAUGCUCACGUAUUAUUUAUAGCUUUGCGUUCUGUUUGGGAUUGGUGUACAGUGAUAUACAAUAUCGGAGUAUUAUUUGAUACAUAGAGCUGGUUUGGUAUUAUGUUCAAUCUUAAACGAGAAUAUAAC